AUGUCGCCUCUUCGCCACCAGCCCUUGACCGAUCCCUUGCUCGAAGACCAGAACGACAGGCUCGCUCUCAGUAGCGAAAAUGCUUUGCUCAGACAAACUGCUAAGUUGAACAAGCUUAAUCACGAAUACGAAGCUAUGAAGGAGGAUCUUAAGCACGUGAUAAACGCUUACCAUGGCGCUGACAGCAGAGCGACAAGAUUGGACAGUCAGAACACAAGGAUGAUAACGCAGCUCAAGCUUGUGGGAGAGAGGUUAGAUGAGCUUGAAGAGAAGAACAGUGCUCUGGAAGAGCAAGCCAUCGAACUUGUUUGGCGGCUUGCGGAGAGUGAGCGAGCAGUCGCGCGUCUCAAGGUCGUUGGGAAUAAAGAGGAAGCACAGACUAUGGGCGUGAAGUGCAAGCGCGAGUUCUUCCCGUUGUCGUUUGAGAAUAGUCCUGAUGUGGACGAAAGCGCGUCGGUGGUAAAAGAGGAGACCUGA